AUGAUGACUAUUCCAAAUGAUGAUCAUUCUAUUUCAGCAGAUGAUGCUGCUGCUGCUGUUGCUGCCGCCAACUCUGCAGUAGGUGUUGGACAUUUACCGCAAAUCAAAGAUGAAGAUGCUCUUCAUCAUCAAUACGUUCAACACCAUACAAAUCAUUAUAUGCCACCCCCACCUCCAGGAGUAGGUGUUGUUGGGAUUAACGGGAUUAAUGGAGUCACGGGAGUUAAUGGGGUUGGUGUAGUUGGAGUUCAUCAUCCUCAAAGUACUCAUCAAUUUCCUCAUACCGGUCAUCUUCAUAGUCCUUUACCUCAUCAACAUCAUCCUCAACAACAACAUCAUCAACUGCAUCAUCUACCAACCCACCCUCAACAACAGCCCCAAUUAACUCAUCAUUCUGCUCCUCCUGGGCCUUCCCAUGAUCCUGAAGACCAAUUAAACGCUCAGUUAAGUCAUCAAUUAAGUCAACACGCUGCCGCUGCCGCUGCAGCAGCAGCUGCCGCCGGGGUUACUCCAACUCAUCAAUUACAAACUCACCAAUUACCAACCCAUCAAGUUUCAUCAGCCCCUCCAAUUCCUCAACAACAACAACAGCAACAACAUCCUCAUCACUUCAUUCCUCAUCAACCUUUACCAACUCAUCCAAAUUCAGUUUAUACUCAACAUCACCAAUUACAUUCUCAACAACCAACUCCUCAACAAUUACAUUCUCAACAACACACUCCUCAACAUACUCCUCAACCUUUGUCUACUAAUCAAUUACCUACCCAUCACCAAUUAUCAGUUAAUCCUCAUCAUCAACAAUUACAUCAUCCUCAAUUAAAUCAAGCAGCUCAACACCAUCUUGAUAUGUUAACUCAAUCAGGUACCCCUACUAAUGGUACUAAUACUCCAAAUGAAGAUGAGUUAUUAGAUAAUACCGCUAGAAAAGUUGCCCCAAGAUCAAGUGAUUUAUUUAGAGUUGGUCCUCAAUUUAGUGAAACUAGAAACCAUCAAGAAAUUUAUUGUAGAGGUACUGAUUUAGAAGUGAUUCCAAACUUAGAAGCAAGAAUUGAUCGUGGAUUUGAAGUUGGUGAAAAUGGUACUUGGAUCGGUUAUAAAAGAAAUUAUUUUACUUUGGUUAGUUCUUUUAAUUUUGAACAUUUUAAUUUUGAUCGUUUUUUACAAAAUAAAUAUUAUACUUAUGAAAAACUGAAAACUGAACAUGGUGUUGAUGUUGAAAGAAGAGUUGAUAUUAAUUAUUUCGCAAUAAGAUUAACUCCAAAGUGUUCUGAUGAUGAUGUUUCUAUUAGCUUAGUUCAACAUACUGCUAAAAGAGAUAAAGGUCCUCAAUUUCCUCCUCCAAUUUAUCCUGCUGUUCCUGGCUUAUUACCUGAACAUGAAGUUGUUAAAGCAAGUUGUAAUAAAAGAAAUGGUCAAAAAAUUGAAAAUAUGAAUAAAGUUUUCUACUUUGAUCGUCAAAAUUUUUAUCAAAAUAAUAAUUUAGAUGAAUUUAGAGAUGAUUCAAUAUUAAGAAAUUAUCCUUCUGAUUCAAUUUCAAAAGUUGCUAGAUUUGAAAGAAUUCAAUUCACUAGUUCAAUUAGAGUUAAAGCUAGCUCAAUGAAUUCAAGAUAUUUCACUUUAGAAGUUGGUUUGUUAGGUAUUGUUCAAGAUGAAAAUAAUCAAAUUCAACCAAUCUUAUUAAGUUCCAUCGAAACCCCUCCUUUAAUCAUUAGAGGUAGAUCUCCUUCCAAUUACCAUAAAGAUAGAACCUCUGGUUAUAGAACUCAAGGUCAAUAA